CCCUUCACAACUCUCUUAAACUUGCAUCCCUCUCCCUCUGUUCUUCCCCAAGUCAAGCUCCACCUUUCUUCCUCAGAGCUCUGCAACAAUGGCAUCAGCCUCCGCUCAGAUCUCUCUCUACCUUCUCCUCCUAACCCUCUUCUCAAAAACCCAUCUCACUCUGUCCCUCAGAGACCUCAAACCCAAUCCCAAUGGUUCAUCCAACACCUCCCAAUCAAUCGCAGACGUCCAUGACCUCCUCCCCCAGUACGGCCUCCCGAAGGGUCUCUUACCAAACAACGUAAAAUCCUACUCUCUCACAGAAGAUGGAAGCUUCGAGAUCUUUCUCGAAAGCCCGUGUUACGUGCACUUUGAUCAGUUGGUUUACUACAACAAGCAUAUUAGAGGGAAGCUGAGUUAUGGGGAAGUUUCUGAUGUGUCUGGGAUUCAAGCGAAGAAGCUUUUUAUUUGGGUUUCUGUUACCGGGAUUCACCGCGACAAAGGAUCGGAUUCCGUUGUGUUUUACGUUGGUGCCUUGUCGGAGAAGCUGCCGGCGAAACAGUUUGAAGAUAUUCCUGACUGUAAGAACAAGGCUUGCCAUGGGAUCAGAAGUGGUUCUGUUGAAUCAAUCUGAGGUAGAAAGAGUACAAUGCAAAUUAUGCAACCACUGCAUGGAAGAAGGAAACCAUCUGCAGAUCUUUCCAUCGAUCUCAUGCAAUCAUCUUUAUGAUUGUACAAGUGGUCGGUAGAAGCAAAUAAAUAUGCGUAUGAAUUCUUGUUAGUAGAGAGAGAGAGAGAGAGAGAGAGAGAGAGAGAGGUGUUAUUCUGGUGUAAACCUGGUAUAAACCUUAGUACAUAUAUGUAUAUAUAAAUUUCAUGCUUGUCAAUAAUUAUUUGGUGGAUCUUUCAGUC